ACUGUACACACACACUGCAAUGGUGUAUCACUCCUAGCACUGAAUAUUCUAGAAGACUCUGUCCUAAACUAAUCUACAUGUAUACACCAGAGCAUAAUGUCACUGGUAGAUCAACCUAGAAACUUCAUGAAUAGUUUAGAAAUGAAAAUCACUGACUAUAAAACAGAGAGAGCAAAGGCAACAAAACUCAGAGUUAUAAAACAAGCGAAACUAGUCACAAGAGGAACUUAGAGAAACUUCAAGAGAUAAAGAAGAUGCCUAGUCUAAAGGUUCACUUUAAUGGAGAGACAAGAAGGACACAAGUCCAGGAAGACGUCACUUAUGAUGGUCUCUUACAGAGUAUCAUCUCUCUAUUCCCUGGACUGGAUGAAUCCAGUGCUCCUACACUGAGGCUCUUCUAUAGAGACACUGAUGGGGACAUUAUCACCCUCUCCUCUGAUGAAGAGGUGACCACAGCUAUAGCUGAGAUACCCUCGGGCGGAGUCUGGAGGUUGACGGCUCGUUUGGUAAAACCUCCUUCCAGUUCUUCCUCAGGAAGUGGAAACCAGACACACCCACUUUUAGAUCUAUUUGAAGCUCUAGUGAAUCCACUUCAGAGCGUACUUGAUAAAGAAGAGAAUAAGACUGGAGAAGAGAGCGAGAAGAAAGAAGGAGAGGAGGAGGAGACUAAACAAGAGGAAACAACAACUGAAGGAGAAGGAGCCAGUCCCAAUGAAGAAGGAGUCACUGCUGAAGGGAGUGAGACAGUAAAGGAAGAUGAAACUAAAGAAGAGAAAGUCAAAUCAAAACCCAAGACAGGCAGUGGUCCAGUCUGGACUACCUAUGAGAUAAGAAUGGGUCCAUCCCAUAAUAAAUACUGUCAAUGUCACAGGCGCUUGCUGAGGCCACCACCAUCACUCUUCAGUCUAAACUUAUUUUAGACUAAAAGGACACUAAAACUUAUUUCGAACUCGUAUCAUUAUCAUGUACAUUUAUUGUUGUUAACAGUUUCUUAAUAGCUAUACUUG